AAAUCACUAGUUCGUAUAGUCUGCUACGUUGCUGUCAAAAUUAUGCGUUCACGCGUACGUGUGUAGUAAGGAAGAGUAAAGUCAAUGCAUAAAUGUAUAAAAUAGCGAGUGCUGUAUAAAAUGGCUAUUUGAAGUAUUUUAUUACGUUAUUCAUUAUGUACAAAUGCUAUAUUAGUGAGAUCUUGUAGAAUUUUUAACUAGAAGUAUGCUUUAAAAAAUGCCAUCUGAGACAAAUGUCAUGAAUAGUGUUUCUAAGCAAGAGGAGGAUACCGAGGAAUCUAAUGAACAAUCCGUUGCAUUAAUGACUUUAAGUUCUACAAAUCAAGAAUCAAGUAUAUCUACAAAACAUGUAGAUAAUCAUCUAGCAAAUAUUAAUAGUGACAAAGUGUCCAUAUCGAACAUCAGAAUAAAAUUCCUAACUUCAACUGAUGAUGUAGCCUCAUCGACAAGUAAUAGUUGUGUAGUAGCAAACAAUUCGUUAAAAGCAGAGAGUUUAUGUUUUCCAGAUAAAACGAUAGGUUCAGAAUUCAAUGAGGAUGUAUCCUUGGAUUCAUCAAUAUUGGCUGACAAAACUGAAGAAAAUGAUGAUGAUCCAGGUACGGCGCACAAUGAUACGACAAACAAUUCAACGAAAAAACCAAUUUCUCUUGCUCACGAAAGCUUAUCCAGAAAGAAAGGCUUGCUAGUGCAGAAUAUUUCGGAAAUUUAUCACAACACAGAAUUAACAGCAUGUUCUGACGAUUUCUUAAAUGGAAAGACUUGUGGCCAUAAAGAGAGCCAUAGUAAUAAUAUUGACAUAGAAGAAUGCAAACCUGAGCCGACAAUAGGAAAUCUACAUAAUGACAGUGAAAAUGUGACAUCGGAUGGUAAGCAUAAAUUGGUGGAAGAGAGAGUAUCUUUGCAUACUUGUAAACAAUCUUUAAAAGAUAAUGAUUCUGCUGCAAACCAUAGCAGUCCUACGUGUACAUUAUUAAACGCAUCUAGUGAUAAUAAUAAAGACUCUAAUAUAGAUUGUGAUGCUAGCUUGGUAACGGAUGGAUUAACAUCUUUGUCUUUACACGCACCUAAAGAAUCGUCAGAUUUGCAAUGUGCUUCACCGAGCACUUCAGCGUAUGCAACUGAUGAUGCAAAAGUAUCUUUAAAUCCAUUAGACAAUAAUAAUGAAAAUUUACUUGAAAAUGCAGCCGAUGGAAAUAAAUUAGCUGUCUCAUCUGAACCUGUUUGUAAAGAAACAUUAACGUUGCAAGAUAUGGGGUGUGCUUCUUCGCUCUGCAAUGAUUCCGCAAGUACAAGUAAACCAUUUAAACUGCCAAUUUUAGAAAAGAUAUCCAAAACUGCCAAUAUUCAGCAACCUGAAAUCGAGGAAAAUGCAGUAGCACUCUUAGAACCGUCACUCAUCAGACAAGAACAAUUAGAAGAAGUUCGUUGUUUAGAUUUAGAGCCUCGUUCGUCAAACAGCAGUGAAGAAAGUAAUUCGGAUAUCGAGUCUCAGCAUCCAAGCACAAGUCAUAAUGAUAUUAAAAAAAGACAAUGCAGACCCAAUGGAAUUGUAUCGAAAGAAGGGGUGGAAUAUUAUCAACUAUGGCGUAGCACAGGUGGCCCCACGUCUCCUGAAUCUUUAUAUGAGACUCUCUAUCCGAUGCCACCGCCACUUCCACCGAGAGCAGCACACCGACCGUUACACAGAAGCAACGCUUUACAAAGUGGCGCACCGGAGUUACCUAAACGAUAUCCUCAAAGGCAUCCUUUGCCGAUGCAUCCUGAGGAUUGUUUUGGAUUCGAGAUUGUAGAUGUUGAUGAAGCCUCAAAUCUUCAGUUGAGAACAGCGGUUACGAAGAGCAUCGCAUUGUUGAGUUCGCCGAGAUCGCACAGACAACGAGAAAGGCCCGAGUCGACGCUGACUAAUCAAUUAGAAUGUCCGCCCACACCUACACAUCGACCUAAACCUUUAUGCCCAUUGCCUGUAUGUCAGACAUCAAAUGUACCUUUAUCUUCGGAAGAAUCUCUGCCCCCGUCAUGGGAAGCGAGAAUAGAUAGCCACGGUCGAAUAUUUUACAUAGAUCAUAUUAAUCGGACCACGACGUGGCAGAGACCAAGUUUGACGUCACGCAACACCGGUUGCGAUCUACGAAGACAACAAUUAGAUAGGCGUUAUCAAAGUGUACGACGUACGAUUUCACGUUCCGAUAAUAUAGAUCGCGAAGCCAACAACUCGAACUGCAGUCCCUUCGAAAAUACGGAGCGGCAGAGCGAUCAUGUCGACAGAAGUGAAUUUGAGCCGUUCGAUAUUACAACAAUACCUCCAAUAUUAUUUUUAACACGGCCCGACUUUUUCACCGUGCUGCACACCAAUGCAGACGCCAUGGAGCUGUACAAUCGUAAUCCGAGUAUAAAGCACAUGAUCAGCAGAGUCAGGAGAGAUCCGAUAGUGUUCCCAAGAUAUGAACAUAACAGAGAUUUAGUUGCCUUAAUCAAUUUCUUCGCCGAUCCGAGCAAGGAACUCCCGAGGGGAUACGACUCGAAGCUCGACAGGACUGGCAAAAGAUUUUUUAUAUGUCAUGCUAGAAAGGCUACAUCGUUUAUCGAUCCGCGACUACCCACCGAAGCUGCUCAUGCACGAUUGUUGUUAGAUGAAGCUCCCGUGCCACCGCCUAGACCGCAACAGUCGUCCGUGACUGCUACUCCCGACAUACCAGUGGCUUACAACGACAAAGUAGUCGCUUUUCUACGUCAGCCUAAUAUCAUGGAUAUCUUGAAGGAGAGACAUUCCGCGCUAGGGCAGAAUAUUGCACUUCGAGAAAAAGUUAAUACGAUAAGAGUCGAAGGAACCACGGCGUUACAAAGAUGGGGCCACGACGUUCCUCUGGCAUUAUUAUUAAGUUUAUUCGAGCAAGAAAUAAUGUCGUAUGUACCUGGCAAUAUGGGCAGAUCUCCACUUGGCAGCCCGCAUGCGUCGCCCGGGCUGACAAGGGCUUCUGCCAGAGCUCCAGCGCCAUAUAGAAGAGACUUCGAAGCUAAACUUCGAACCUUUUAUCGAAAGCUGGAGAGUAAAGGUUACGGACAAGGGCCGGGCAAGUUAAAAUUACACAUCAGAAGAGAACAUUUACUUGAAGAUGCUUUUACGCGUAUAAUGGCCGCGUCGAAGAAGGAUUUGCAGAAAGGUAAACUGGUGGUGAUCUUUGAUCAUGAAGAAGGAUUGGAUUAUGGCGGACCGUCCCGGGAAUUUUUCUUUCAUUUGUCGCGCGAACUAUUCAAUCCCUAUUACGGACUGUUUGAAUACUCAGCCAACGAUACUUACACGGUGCAAAUUUCACCGAUGUCGGCUUUCGUAGACAACUAUCACGAUUGGUUUCGAUUCUCGGGCAGAGUUUUAGGCUUAGCGUUAGUCCAUCAGUACCUGCUCGACGCGUUCUUCACAAGGCCAUUCUACAAGGCCCUCCUGAGGAUACCGGCGAGUCUGAGCGAUUUGGAAAGUCUAGAUCAAGAGUUCCAUCAAAGUCUAAUGUGGAUCAAAGAGAAGGACAUAAGUAUCGAGCCGUUGGAAUUAACGUUUUCGGUAACGGAGGAGCUUUUGGGACGAGUCGCCGAGCGCGAGUUGAAACCAGGCGGGAGGAAUAUCGCGGUCACCGAAAAGAACAAGAAGGAGUAUCUCGAAAGGGUUGUACGUUGGCGUCUCGAGCGUGGUGUUGCAGAACAAACGGAAUCGCUAGUUCGCGGCUUUUACGAGGUCGUGGAUCCACGCUUGGUGUCCGUCUUCGAUGCCCGCGAGCUAGAAUUGGUUAUCGCGGGUGCGGCUGAGAUCGACCUUAAUGACUGGCGAACGCAUACCGAAUAUAGAAGCGGUUAUCAUGACGCACACCCGGUGGUAGAAUGGUUCUGGAGCAGCAUAAGCAGAUUCACGAACGAGCAACGUUUGAGAUUAUUGCAAUUCGUUACCGGCACUUCGAGUAUUCCGUACGAGGGAUUCGCGGCUUUGCGAGGAUCCACCGGUCCGAGGAAAUUCUGCAUCGAAAAAUGGGGGAGGCCCAACAGUUUACCGAGGGCUCAUACGUGUUUUAACCGCUUGGAUCUUCCACCUUAUCCCACCCCUGAAAUCUUAUAUGAAAAGCUGCUGUUGGCUGUGGAAGAAACAAAUACAUUUGGUAUAGAAUAAAGUGACAAAUUGAAUUUAUAAUUAUAAAGAAUUUCUACAAUCGAUAGAAUUAUAACGGGUUGCAUUUUUUGCUGAGAAAUAUAGAAGAAGGUUUUGCAUAGGCCUAACAGCUUAUGAAUUAUGUGGUUCAUUACUAAUUCAACAAGUGGAGUAUAAGAUAAUUCAACAAUUUGCAGCUUAACAAUCUCUCAAAAAUUUUUGAUCAAUUAAUUCGCUGUGUAAAAGAUGUUAUAAUAAUCGAAUGCUCUUCUUUUCAAACUUUCACGAUUCUACGUAAUUUGAACCUUUAGAAGUCCACAUUCACGCAGUACUGAUUUUACUCGUAUCAACAAAAUCAGAUCUCAGUUUCCUCGGUUCUUCCCUUCCUCUCCCCAUUUUUUUUUGUUUUAUUUUCCAAAAGAAAGAAAUAAUCUAUUAGAAUCUUUUAUAAAUAUUUUCAAUUGUUAAUAUAAAUUUAACAAGAGUAGAUACGUCCUGGAAAACGUUAUUUCGUUAAUGUGGGUUUCUAAGGUGUUAAAGAAAUUUAGAUAAAUUGACGCUGUCCGAAAAAAAUCCGGUGUAAAUAUAACGAAAUUUUUGGGUUUAGAC